GAAUUGAAAUGUUCAAUAGAGAAGAAGGUGUGUGCACUUAAUACAAUAAUAACAGACAUUGAGGGUUUGAUCAAGGAAGGAGAAAAGAGGUUUCCUAACGAUGAUGGGAUAAAAGAAACAAAACUUGAAUGGGAGUCUAUUCUUAGAAAAUUCACAUACAACACAUAGGAAGAAACAAGGGGCAUUGGUGAUGAUAGCAAAAAAAGCGACAGUCAAGACAGCACGUCCUGGUUUGAUUUAACACCGAUCAGAAUUAAGCACAUUCGCAGAACAAAUAGAAAGGGACAUAUUCAGCAAGUUAGAAAGUGGUGAACAAUCAAAUAAUCUAAAAAAUAGUCGCAAGGCACAACCUAAUAGCAUGCCAAGUUUUGAUUUGAUAUCACAACUUACCCCUACUGACCAACGCACUUCACCAAAUGAAGUUAAAACCCAUCCUCAAGAAGAUGUUCGAUUUCAAACUCCAAUUAUGUAUGGAAAAAGUGCCUCAAGUGAAGAAGAUGCUCCAUAUCAAACACCAAUAUGUGACCUUAAAGAACCAGCACCCUUAAGUGUGGAUAAACAUAAGCCACAAGAAAACCAACACCGUAGACGUACUAUAAAAUUGCCUGAUAUAAUGUGUUCACCUUAUGCGCAUAAAAAAGUUAGACUAUUUAAGAGCCUCUCAAGGGAAGAGAAUAAAAUUGCGGACACCAUAUUUGCUGCUGUGAAAAAUGAGUGGAAUGAAGUGUUUCAAACCCAACAUGGGGCUGCUGUGCCUAGGGUAUCUUUUGAGUCACUAUACCCUAACGUGGAGGUACACAUAAGUGUGUUGAAAUGCUGGGCUUCUGUCCUAAACAGUGAGGACAAAUUCAGAAACAAAAGAGAUCCAACCAGGUUUUUUUGCUCAUGCAACAUGUUGGGUGACAAAGACUUUGAAAAAAGCGUUGAGGAGUCAAGCAGAAUCACUACGUUCAAUGCUAAUAUGGAGAGUUGUCUACGUGAAGCAAAUAUGGACACCCUUAUUGGUAUUGACUUAGUUUUUAUACCAAUUUUGCAUUCUAAGCAUUACUACUUGAUAUGUUACAAUUUGAAAAAAGCACUGGUAGAUGUCAUUGACAAUCUUGGGCGUAAUGUCGAGUUUGAUUCAAAAUAUGCGUUUCGACCUCAGAUAAUGGUAAGUAUGUGUCUUACUUUUUUAGGUUAUAACAUAUAGUAAAUUAAAUUCGCAGCAAAAUAUAAACUUGAUCCCCUUAUAUUAUAACAAAUAUUAAUUUAAAUUUCAGCAAAAUACUUUGUGCAACUAUCUGGAAAUGACUUCUCACCCAAUUGCAUCUAAACUAAGAAAGUGUGAACCGAAAAUACUGGAAAUGCCUUGGAGAACUGUUAACAACUCAGUAGAUUGUGGAAUUUUUGUGAUGCGCCACAUGGAGACGUAUAAAUGCACAACAAUCAAGGACUGGAAACCGAAAUGUGGACUAGCUGGAGAAUCCGAGUAUCAGAAGACACAACUUGUGGAUCUGAGAAUGAAGUAUCUUGCAAAAAUACUGUUGUCUGACAUAAACAUACGUAAGGGUGUGGUUAUAUCCGAGGUUCGUGAAUAUUCCAAAAGACCAACUGAAGAAAGGGAAGCAAUGAAGGCAAAUAUGUUUGAAAGGAUAACAACAAGGGUUAAUAAUGCUCUUUAAUUAGUAUUGGGUUUGUUUAAGACAUUAUUUGGUUGAGUAGAUUUCUAUCUUUGUUUGA